AUGGCUUCCUUGUUAAAAAGUACUGUCCCUAGGGCAGCAAGCCCCUUGAGGCUGCCAAUAAAACAACCCCUAACUUGCCUCCGGCUGCCGUUACCGCCCAAGAGGAACCAGUCAACUACUUCCCGGAGCUCAGCCUCAGAAACCCAGGCUAUGCCCUUAGGGCGAUACUACGACAUUCUCCUCACCGACCCUCCGCCAUACAGACAUCUCAACCCUUUGAGGCCGCCGUCAUCCGCGGCCCAAGAACCCAAGGAGCCAGGGGAGAGCACCACCUCCGCCAAAUCAGCAGAAACCCCGGCCCCUUCGCCAUCUCCGACGCCAGCGCCGCCACCUACAGACGCUGCCGAGAAGGCGCGCAUCGUGUUUGGCUCGGCGCUCGCCGGCCCUGCCGCGCGUGCCGAGCGCCUGAGGCAGAUGCGCGAGAAGGGCAAGAUGGUGGCCGGCGUCCUGGUGCCGCCCAAGCCCGAGGAGCCGGACCACUGCUGCAUGAGCGGCUGCGUCAAUUGCGUCUGGGACGCUUUCCGUGAGGAAAUGGAGGAGUGGGUGACUGCCAACGCCGAGGCAGAGAGGCGGCUGGCUGCUGCUGCCUCUGCUUCAAGCUCCCCCGCUCCCAGCAAAGCCCCCGCGAAGAAGCCCUCUCCCAGUCCCAGUCAGGCUACCGUCGUCAGUAUGGAUGAUGAUGGUGGCGGUUCCGAGACUAAUUGGAAUGUUGGAGAGGCAAAGCCAGACGGUGUCAAGAUUUCCAAGGAUUUAUGGAGCGAUGAUCUCUAUCGGGAUAUUCCAGUAGGUAUCAGGGAAUUUAUGAAGCAGGAGAAAAAGCUAAAGGAGAAGCACAAGCGUGAGGGCACAACUGGUGGCUGA